AUGCACCGGUCGGGCACGUUCCCCGUCGCCACACUCGACGGCGACGGCGACGUGAGCCCCUCCCGCGACUUUCCGUACAACUUCCCCCGGAGCCACAGCAGCGCCGUCCCCGCCGCCCUCCGCGCGGCGUACGACUCGCUCGACUCAGACGACCUCCUCCACCACGCCGCCACCCCGCCCGCGUCGCUCCCGCGCCACCGCCACCACUCCCCGCGCCACGCGCAUCCCCACCAGCAGCAGCAGCACGGCGCGAGUGCCCCCCGCCACGUGUCGUACCAGGCGGGGCCCACCUCGUCGCUCCGCCCGCAGAGACACGGCCUGCGCGACGACGGGGGAGGGGGAGCGGCGCGUUUCGCGCAGGACGCGCAGCACCAGCGCGCCGUCGCCGCGGGGCUGAGCCUUUCGCCGCACAGCCUCUCCCCGCACGGCCUCUCGCCGCACGACGGCGUGCUUGGCGGAGGCCCGCUGGGGGACUUUUUCGACGAGGGCGUGGAGGACGUGCGGGGCGGCUUGCGGGGGCACGCGCAGGUGGCGGGGCGGGACGUGGGGCAUCUGCACGCGGGGAGCCUGGCGCUGGACGCGGAGAGGGGGGAAUUUGGGGCGCUGGGGGAAGGCGGACGGCGGCAUGAGGGCCGGGGCAGGCUGGGGGGAGGCUUGGCCAUGGGGGGCUCGUUCGAAGGGGGGGCGCGCGGGGUGCAGGGGAGCGGGAGCGGAGGGGUGGGAGGGCACGGCGGUAUGGGCGUGGGCGCGAGCAGAAGUGGCGGGGGCGGCAGCAGGGUGUGGGCGCGCACGCUGAGCCACCAGGCCGCUGACCUGAGCAGCAGCAGUAGCAGUGGGGCGGGCGGCGGGCGGCACUUGCUGGGCGCGCAAUGGCUCGGCCUGGACCGAACUGUGGGUGGCCGUGACUCAUCAGGCUUCGAUGACACCGACAUGCUCGCCACCAAUGCUGUGCUGCCACGUGUCAACAGCCUGGCAGUGAACGGCAGUGGCCUCUUUGACUCAGACGACCUGUUGGACCUGCGCCACGGCGCCAUGGGGCCGUAUGGGCGGGAGAAUGGGGGCGGGGGCGGGGGUGUUGGCGAGGGCAUCAAUCUGAAGCGCGUGUUGCGGCUGGGCGAGGCGGCGCGCAGCAACGAUGCGGACCUCGUGCACGCCAUCCUGCAGGACGCCCCCUCGCGCCACCCGCUGCUCUCCGCGCUGCACCCCGGCACGGGGCGCACGGUGCUGCACGAGGCGGUGGUGGCGGGCAGUGUGGACGCAGCGGCAGUGCUGCUCGAGUGGGGGGCCGACCCCGAUGGGGGCACCCCACCUCAGCCCCAUGCCCUUGCUCUGCUUCAUUCACCCCCACCCCUCACCGCGUCCCUCCCACCCACCCUGCUGGAGUGGCAGCAGGAGGGUUUCUCGCCGCCGCUGCUGUGGGCGGUGCAGGCGGGCAGUGAGGAGUUGGUGCGGCUGCUGCUCACCAACGGGGCGGACAUCAACGCCACCGACGCCCACCGCUGCUCUGCACUGCACUACGCCUGCAGCACCGGCCACAGCUCCUCGUCUUCACCCUCACCAAUCCUUUUCCCCAUCCGCCCUUGUCUUCCCGCUUCCCUUCACAGCUCUCUGCUCCCUUCCCUCCAACUGCACUCUCCUUGUACCCGCAAUCCUGCCAUGUCUCGCCCUCUCUCCGUCACUCUCGCCCCCCACCUCCCAUGUGCCCACCGCGCGCCCACCAGGGGGAUAAUAAAGCUGCUGCUCGUGGCGGGCGCCAACAUGUAUGCGCGCAACAGUGACGGGCUCGUGGCGCAGCAGCUCACGGCGUCGGAGCGCAUCCGGGCGCUCUUCCGCAAGCUGCACGAGUACCACCUGCGCUCCACCGGAGGGGUUGGGGCUCAUGCGGACCACACGGGCAGCAACAGCGGCGGGGGGGAGGGUGGUGGGCAGCACUGGGAGGGCGGCCUGGAGGACACCGCCGCCUCCGCCCACACAGGGCUGCCAGGGGGGGCCCUGGGGCACGGGGAGGGUGGGCGGGCGAGGCGGGAGGGGCAGGGUGGUGCAUCGGGUGCGCGCGGGGUGGACGCCUUCCCGCUGUCUGCGUCGGUGGCAGCGCCGCCAUCGCGCGCGGACUGGCUGCUGGCCAAGAAUCGCACCAUGAGCUUCCAGAGCCCCUCCCGCGACACACGCCCCUCGCACCCGUCCCCCUCUGCGUCCAUCUCGCCCCUCUCUGCGCACCCCACCUCCCUGCCUGCCCGCUCCAUGUCCUUCCGCAGCCCCUCGCGCGACCGCCUGCGCCCCGCCGCCCACCACCAUGCGGCGCCGCCCUCCGCCUUCUCGUCCGCCGUUGGACAGCCCACGGGGCUGCCCGCGCGCACCAUGAGCUUCCGCAGCCCCACUCGCAGCCACGGGCUGCCCGGGCAGCGUGCGCACAGCCCCACCCCCCCGGAGGGCCAGGAGCAGGCCUUCACGGCGGCGUGGGAGGGCGCCCGCCGCGUGGGCGGCACUGACAGCCCCGCCGCGUCCCCCGCCCUCUCGCCCUCGCCACUGCCGUCCUCGCGCUCCGCUGCCUCCCCCACCCGCCACACUGCAGAGGCGGACAGCACCGCUGGCAGAGUGGGGAGUGCAGGCGGCGUUGGGGUGGUGGGAGGGCUCAGAGGGGCGGGUGGAGGGGGAGGGAUGGGCGUGGCAGGGAGGAGGGUUGGGGGCAGCCUGGCGGGGCGCGCGCUGGAUGGCGCUGCUGACAGGGCGGUGGCGGCGGGGGCAGGGGUGGGCAGGCGCCAUGGGGGCAGUGGCGAGGGGGGCGAGGGGGGGGGUAGAGGGGGGGGAGGGAGGGCAGCGGGGAGAGGGGUAGGGGGAGUGGGAGGGGGGCUGGUGGUGGGGCAUGGAGAGGUGAUGUCAGAUGUGGAAGGCGGUGCAGUGCGGUUGCGGCGGGCGAGAGUACCGGGGAGCAGCAGUGUGGGUGGCAUGGUGAGCGACGGCGGCGGUGCGGGCGAGUCACGCCUGGGGCGGGCCGCUGGCAGGGGCGCUGGUGGCACGGCCAGGGGGGGUGGCGGGGGGAGGGGUGGGGCAGAGGGGCGAGGGAGAGGGGCGGAGGUUGGGGGUCGGCGGGGAGGGAUGGUGCGCACACAGUCUCUGAGUGCGCAGGCCAUGAGUGCAGGCGAUGCGGUGGAGCGCGGUGGCAUGGGUGGCGAGGUAGCUGUGCGCGGUGACAGUGGCAUGAAAAGCCCCUCUGGCAACAGCAGACAGGGCGUGCAGCAGCAGCAGCAGCAGCAGCAGAGAGGGGUGGUGAGUCCGGGAGAUGAGGAGAGGCAUGGGGGUGAGAAGUGCGGGAGUGAUGGCGGAGGAGACAGGUGCGCGGAGGGAGGAGGACGCGCAGCACAGCCUGGGGGGUUGGAUAAAAACAGAGCGAGGGAGAGAGAAGGCAGUGGGAAGGAGAGAGAGGGAAGUGGAAAGGAAAGAUUGGGAAGUGGGAAGGAGAGAGAGGGAAGUGGAAAGGAAAGAUUGGGAAGUGGGAAGGAGAGAGGGGGAAGUGGGAAGGAGAGAGAGGGCAGCAGCGGGGAUAUGGUGAGUGGGGAGGGUGCAGAGGGAUGGAUGGCGGAGUCGUCUCAGUCGGAGAGUGACCGCGGCGAGCACGGGGGCGAGCAUGGGGGCGAGCAUGGGGGCGAGCAUGGGGGCGAGCAUGGGGGCGCGGGGCGCAGGGACGCAGCGAGGGGGGCGGGCAGGCGGGUGGUGGGGAGGGGCACGUCGCAGGAGGAGAGGGCGGGGGGGAGAGCCGCACCACCACCCACGCGCCUGGGCGCAACUGACCCACCGCCUGCUGCUGCCGCUAGUGCUGGCGGUGCUGCUGCUGGUGGUGCUGGGGCGGGUGGGAGGGGAGGGCAGGGGUCAGGUGGAGUGAGGCGGGUGGGCAGCAGUGACGCCGUGGGGGACGCGUCAGCGUCAGGCGGCCCGCGCUCCCCCCUGGCGGGGGCCUCCUCGCCGCUGACGUCCCCUUCUGGCAGCUCGCCGCCGUCGUCCGUCCCCCACGUGCGGCGCCUCGCACUGGAAGGCCGUGGCAGGCCGGGCAGUGGCAGUGGCAGCGGGGGAGAGGGCAGGCAGCAGCAGCACGGCAAGGGGGGCCAGGGCGAAGGGCCGCGGCGGCAGCAGCAAGGUGGGGAGGGGGGUGACUGGCCGUGCAGCGACACGGAGGUAUCUCUGCGCGCUCGCCAGCAACGCCGCCCGGGCCUCCGCUCCUCUGCACCCGGCGCCGCUGUGCCGUCCGCGUCCCCUCCGCCUGACAGCAUUGCGUCACACAGCAGCAGGGGAGGGGCGGGUGCAGCAGGGGCAGAAGAGGGUGCGGCAGGAGCAGCGGGGGGAGGGGGUGGGCAGCGCGUUGGCGGCAGGGAGGUGGCGUCAGGGUGGGCAGAGGGUGCCUCGCCAGCACCAGCAGCGGCAGGGGCAGGUGCGAGGGGCAAAGGGGAGAGGCCUGGCAGCGCAGGGGGGAGGGCGGAGAGGCCUGGCAGUGCAGGGGGGAGGGCGGAGAGGCCUGGCAGUGCAGGAGGCAAAGGAGAGAGAGCUGGCAGCACACGUGGCGCUGCUGCCCGCGCUGCUGCACCCGCUUCUGCUGGGGGCACUGGUGCUAGCAGCAGUAGUGGUGGCGGUGGUGCUGCUGCCUCGAGUGCUGGCGUUGAGGGCAGCGAGGGCAGCGGCACAGCUGCUGCUGUUGCUGCUGCUGCUGUGACAGGCGCGUCUCCAUCUCCCUCCCAAGCUGCUCACCCCGCCUCCGCCACUCAAGCCACGCGUGCACGCAAGUCGGUGAAGUUCUCACUGCCCGCUCAUGGCAGCAGCCCGCCCAGCGACUCAGCACAUGGGGAGAGUCCGGGUGCAGCGAAUGGGGUGGAGAAGAGUGGCAGUGGGGAGGAGGCAAGUGGGGGAGAGCAGGGAGGGAGGGAAGCAUCAGCGGAGGGGAAGGCGGGGAGGGGCGGCGAAGGGGAGAAGAAGGGUGCAGUGCGGCCGCCCCUCUCUCCCAAACCCGUGGAGGCACGGGAGGGCGCGGAUGCACGGGAGGGCGCGGAUGCACGGGAGGGCGCGGAUGCACGGGAGGGCCAUGUGGAAGGGAGUGGGGACGAAGCAUCUAGUGCAGGCAAAAGGGAAGGAGCUGCUCCGGCCUCCCCUGCCCUCGAAUCCAAAAGCACCGACCCCGCUGCCUCUCCCACGGCCGCUGCUCCCACCUCCCCACUCACCCCUUCCUCCUCUACUCCCACCGCUGCCUCUGCGCCGGAUGGUGGGGAGGCGGUGUGUGGAGCAGCGUCGUUCAAGUGGAAGAAGGGCGAGAUGCUGGGCGAAGGGGCAUACGGCAAGGUGUUUCUGGGGCUGAACGAGAUGACGGGCGAGCUGAUGGCGGUGAAGGAGAUCAAGAUGACAUCGCAGGGCGACGAGAAGGCGAUGCUCAUCGCAGCGCUGGAGCGCGAGAUCGUGCUGUACAAGAAGAUGCGGCACCGCCACAUCGUGGGGUACAUCGACAUGGAGAAGCACGAGGCUGACGGCUCCAUCUACAUCUUCCUCGAAUUCGUGUCGGGCGGCUCCAUCCACAGCAUGCUGGAGAAGUUUGGGGCGUUCAGCGAGUCGCUGGUGCGGGUGUACACGAGGCAGCUGCUGCUGGGGCUGGAGUACCUGCAUGCGUGCCGCAUCGUGCACCGCGACAUCAAGGGCGGCAACGUGCUCGUCGACCGCGACGGCGUCAUCAAGCUCGCCGACUUCGGCGCCUCCAAGAGUUUCCAUGAGGGCACAGUGGGCGAGGGGUGCAAGAGCAUCCGCGGGUCCGUGUUCUGGAUGGCGCCCGAGGUCAUCAAGGGCGAGGGGUACGGCCGCCGCGCUGACAUCUGGAGCGUUGGCUGCACUGUCAUCGAGAUGCUGACCGGGCGGCACCCAUGGCCGGGGAUGGACAACACGUGGUCGGCCAUAUUCCACAUCGCCAAGACCACCACGGGCCCGCCCAUCCCUGAGGGCGUGUCCGCCGAGGCCAGUGACUUCCUCACCGCCUGCUUCCAGCUCGACCCCAACCAGCGCCCCUCUGCCUCCGAUCUGCUCACGCUGCCAUUUGUGCAGGUGCCCGACACGCCCAGGGAUGCCCGCUUCGCAGCCUUGGUCGCCCCCUAG